AUGGGGGUCAACCAGUCCGUGAGCUUUCCACCUGUCACGGGACCCCACCUUGUAGGCUGUGGGGAUGUGAUGGAGGGUCAGAGCCUCCAGGGCAGCUUCUUUAGGCUGUUCUACCCCUGCCAAGAGGCAGAGGAGACCUCGGAGCAGCCCCUGUGGAUUCCCCGCUAUGAGUACUGCGCUGGCCUGGCCGAAUACCUGAAAUUUAAUAAGCGCUGGGGGGGUUUGCUGUUCAACCUGGCUGUGGGAUCUUGUCGCCUGCCUGUUAGCUGGAAUGGCCCCUUUAAGACAAAGGACUCUGGAUACCCCUUGAUCAUCUUCUCUCAUGGCAUGGGAGCCUUCAGGACACUGUAUUCAGCCUUCUGCAUGGAGCUGGCUUCUCGUGGCUUUGUGGUUGCUGUACCAGAGCACAGGGAUGGGUCAGCUGCGGCCACCUGUUUCUGCAAGCAGACCCCAGAGGAGAACCAGCCUGACGAUGAGGCCCUGGAGGAGGAAUGGAUCCCCCACCGUCAAAUUGAGGAAGGGGAGAAGGAAUUCUAUGUUCGGAACUACCAGGUGCAUCAGAGGGUAAGCGAGUGUGUGAGAGUGUUGAAGAUCCUACAAGAGGUCACUGCUGGGCAGACUGUGCUCAACAUCUUGCCUGGCGGGUUGGAUCUGAUGACCUUGAAGGGCAGCAUUGACGUGAGCCGCGUGGCUGUAAUGGGACAUUCGUUUGGAGGGGCCACAGCUAUUCUGGCCUUGGCCAAGGAGACGCAAUUUAGGUGUGCUGUGGCUUUGGAUGCUUGGAUGUUUCCUCUGGAACGUGACUUUUACCCCAGAGCCCGGGGCCCUAUCUUCUUCAUCAAUGCUGAGAAGUUCCAAACAGCAGAAACUGUCAACUUGAUGAAGAAGAUUUGUGACCAGCACAACCAAUCCAGGAUCAUAACUGUCCUUGGUUCUGUUCAUCGGAGUCUAACCGACUUUGUUUUUGUGGCUGGUAACUGGCUUAGUAAAUUCUUCUCCAGUCAGACCCGUGGAAGCUUGGACCCCUAUGAAGGUCAGGAGACCGUGGUGCGGGCCAUGUUGGCCUUCCUGCAGAAGCAUCUUGACCUGAAAGAGGACUAUGACCAAUGGAACAACCUCAUUGAAGGCAUUGGACCAUCACUAACCCCAGGGGCCCCACACCAUUUGUCCAGCCUGUAG